AAAAUGCAUUGCAACUGUUCAGAAGCAUGCAUGUCUAUUGAUUACAGUGGGAAAUUUGAUCAAAUGAAGCGAACAUUUGGUCAAAAUGGAACGAACAACCUGAUUCAAACAAGAUUGACCAUUUUCUUCGAGGACGAUUACAUUCGAACGAACAUUGCGGUUGAAACGUACACAAUCGGCGAUUUUCUGUCGAUUUGUGGCGGUUUACUCGGACUAUUUCUGGGUGUCUCUGCAAUAAGCGUUAUUGAGCUAAUUUAUUACGCCACUCUUCGUCUCUUCUGGACCAUUCGUUAUUCGAGAACGGAAAAUACCGAAAAACCAUCUAAACAGACCAGUCAUGAUGAUCAAAUAGAUCAGAAUACAAAAAAUCGAGAGGUAAAAUGGAUAAUUCUUUUUGUUCGGAGGAUGCAGACAUGGUUCAUGAUAUUCUGUGCAAACAGCAACAUUCAUGGCGUUCGAUAUAUCAGCAAACGACGGCUACACUGGAGCGAAAGGUUUUCAUUUCAUUUUCAUGGGUUUUCUCUCAUUUCAAUGAGUUUUAUUUCCAUAUGGUGUUAUGAUCGCAUCGAAAUCAGGCUCUGGUGGUUGGUUUUUGUUGGUGUGUCCGUUUGUUUGUGUGGUUUAAUGAUUCGUGGCGUUUGGAUUCAAAAGCUAGAGGAUCCAGUGAAAUUGGACAUGGCGAAAGAUGGGAACGAUAGAAUCAUUCCGUUUCCAACCGUUACCAUUUGCCCUGAAACUAAAACUGUUAGAAGUAAAUUGGACGUAACUAGGGCAGUCAAGACUUCAGCUAAUUUAUCUGCAAUAGAAAUCACUCGAAUUAAUGCUUUGGCUCACAUAUGCCCUCGAUUGUCGGAUUCAAUUGAGUAUACAGAUAAUCUAACGACGGAUGCAAUUUAUGACACAAUUCAAGACAUUGCACCUAGAAUGAUUCAAUCAGAAAUGAGGUGUGUUUGGCAAGUUCAAUGGAAAAAAUGUUCAAAACUAUUUGUGCCUACUUUAACUGAAGAAGGGCUUUGUUUUGCGUUUAAUGCUCUCAAUGUGCAUGAUAUUUAUACAGACGAAUUGGCCCCAGAAAUGAUGAACAUGAACAAUAAUGAUCUGAAUGUAUCAGGAUGGACUCUAGACAGUGGAUACGCGAACGAAUCGGCGGGGGAUAAUUACCCGUUUCAGUCGGCACAAUUAGAGGAAGUAAAUAGAUUGAUCUUAACGGUUGCAUCUUUUCGAAGUGACAUGGAUUAUCAAUGUAGAGGAAUCGACCAAGGACAUAAACUAUUCUUAACCACGCCCGGUGAAACACUGACUCCAUCACGAAAAUAUGUGCGACUUCCGAUUUUAACACUAAAUAUGGUUGAGAUCAUUCCAAGCGUAAUCACAGCUACAGAGGUAGUACGCGAUUUUGAGCCACACCAGCGAAAAUGCUUUUAUAGCUUUGACCGUCCAUUGCGUUUCUUCAAAAUUUAUACGAAAAUCAAUUGCGAAGAAGAGUGUUUGGCGAACUUCACGCGAAUCGAAUGUGGAUGCGUGAAAUUUUCGUCCCCAAGAGACAAACACACAAAAAUCUGCGGUGGGGCAAGUGUAAAGUGCUACAAAUUGGCAAAAAGGAAACUAUUUACCAGCAGCAAUGGCAAAGCAUUUUAUGACAAGUGCAAUUGUUUGCCAUCGUGUACGUAUGUGGGAUAUGAUGCAGUUAUCUCUAGAACAGAUAUCGAUCUCGAGACUCUUAAGCAAAUUAGCAAACGGUUCUCUGAGGAAUUUUGCCUCACAACUUCUAUCCUUCGUUUUAAAAGUCUUAGAAGUCUGAAUGUGAAAUCAAUGAACAGGAAAGAGUUGUACACUUUUACUACUGAUUUUUUGGCCGUGUGUGGCGGAUUACUUGGAUUAUUCUUGGGUGUUUCUGUUCUGAGCAUCUUUGAACUCAUUUAUUACUUGACGCUUCGCUUAUUUUGGUUCAACCGCCGUGUGGCAAGGGCCGAAAAUGUGGUGGUACCAUUUAAUCAUGAGGCAGUAAUUGAAUUAGCCGCAUGAAAAUGCAAUUAAUCACAAUUGGCACUCGAUGCACGUUAUUCAAUUCAUAUGAAAUUAUUUAAAUAGAAGAGUGAAUGCGACUUUGUGCUAGAUUCUUAUGAGCUUUAUUGAUGUCUGUCC